UUUAAUAAUUAAAAUGCUAUCGUCUUUACGGUGCGCCUUGCAGUAGUUGUGAAAAGUGAGAUCUAACGAAAGCAUGGACAGUUUUGGAAAAGACGGAGUAGUCCCUGACGUAAUUGAUGCUGCACCAACCUCUCUUUUGCAACUGACCUACUCUUUUGGAGAUGUUCAGCCAGGAAUGAUCUUGACACCAACCCAGGUAAAAGAUCAGCCUGCUGUUAAAUGGAAUGGUGAUGAUGGAGCAUAUUAUACACUAAUUAUGAAUGACCCAGAUGCCCCAAGUAGGGAGAAUCCAAAGUUUGGGGAAUGGCAUCACUGGCUGAUUACCAAUAUCCCAGGCAAUAGUGUCAGCCAGGGAGAUGUCAUGUCAGAGUAUGUUGGAGCUGGCCCCCCUAAAGAUACAGGGUUGCAUCGCUAUGUCUUCUUGUUGUUUAAACAGUCUGGAGGGAAACAGACAUUUGAGGGUCUUCACAAGCUCACCAAUCGAUCUGGCAACAACAGAAAAUCCUGGAAGGUGCGAGAUUUUGCCAAGAAAUAUAACUUGCAGUUGUUAGCUGGGAACUUUUUCCAGGCACAAUUUGAUGAUUAUGUACCCAAGUUACAUCAGCAGCUAUCUGGAAAAUGAUGUGAACAUCAUCUUGAAAAGAACAUACUGUAGAAGAGCACUGAUGAUAAAUGUAAUUGAAAAAGGGUCUGUUGUUUAUUUGAUAAGAUGGAUUAAAAUUAGAGUGUGAAUUUUGUGAACAUCUGCUUAGUUUAUACAUUAAUGUUUAAACUUUAAAAGAUUGGAGAUGCUUUAUAAUUUGUUUUCUUUGAUGUUUGUGUUUUUGAUAGAUACAUUUAGUUGUAUACGUUUUGCUUUGAACAAAUUAGUAAUUUCAUUAUUUGUUUUAAAUUUGUCCAUUCCUAUCUAGAAUGUUUUGUUACUAUUGAAAGGUUGGAGGAUGUAAUGUUUGUGUAGAACUGUGGUAAAAUCACCACAAAGCAAAAUGAAAGAUGAUAUUUUCCAUAAAUCAGGGCAUGGUUCCCAUGUGAAAAUUUGUCUCAUUUAACGUUCCCUUGCGGUUCUCAGUCUAUUCUAGAACAUUUGGCUUUUUUUU